ACUUAUCUAUAUUUUUUGUUAAUUUAGAUACGCCAUUCCUUGAAUAUGCGGGUUCGAGUUAUUAUCUGGGUUCUACUUUGCGUAAACAGGGUCGUAGUCCUAAAGGGGAUCUUUUAAUCAAAUUUUCCUGAUCGCUUUUGCUCCCUAAUUCCAUCUUACCGGCCUCUUUUUAAUUUCUCUUCCUGUGUAAGCCAAUGCUGUUUUCUGCAAAAAACAAAGGCUAAUUUCCCUUGCUUACCCCAUUCAAAACCAACCCUACGCAACUCAAGCGCAAUGUUUAAGACAUGGUCCGCCUGCUCUUCUCUGUUUUGUAAGGUGACCCGUGUAAGUUACUGGAAAUGAAAGAUAGAGGUGAAGGAAGAUAUCUAAAAAAUCAUGAAGAGGCCAACUUCACGGAGCAAACAGAAGCAGGCUGCAUUGUGAAGUGCUUGUUCUUCAGCCCAAACCGCUAUUGUCAAUCAGCCAACUAUUUCCCUGUGACCAAAACCUGUCUGACCAGCACGUCGACCCGCCAUCAACACCCAGAGGACUUUGUCUACGCACCGGGGAGUGUUUAUCUUGGAACUGUGAACGACUGCGUUACUGGUUCAUGUCCGAGUGACCUGAUGUGCAAGGCUGACUUCGUGAAUGGCGGGUUCUCGUGCGUCUCUCCUAUUGCAUUACGACCACGCGUGAUACCCAAGCCGUGUGACUCGAGUCCCUGCAGUAAUGGCAGUGUUUGUAACAACACACAAGACGGCAAAAACUACACGUGCACCUGCUCUCCUGGAUAUACGGGAAGACACUGUGACACGGUAAUACUCAAGCCGUGUGACUCGAGUCCCUGCAGUAAUGGCAGUGUUUGUAACAACACACAAGACGGCAAAAACUACACGUGUACUUGCUCUUAUGGAUAUACGGGAAGACAUUGUAAUACUUUAAAAAAGCUGUCCUGUGAAGACAUUGUUUGCCAAUAUGGCGGCACGUGUAUCACGAUGAACGACGGUAUUGGCUGUGUUUGCGCCUUUGGAUUUACAGGGGGCCGCCGUGAAACGCCAAUCGAGUGCGUAGAGUACCACAACCUAUCAGAACCUGAUCGAAAUGUGAAUGCCGCACGUGUUGGAAGGUUCUGUGACGACAAAUUGAUAUUUGGCCAAUGGUAUCGAUUCGUUGGUGCUGCAGGAACGCGUAUAAUCAACCAUUGCCCCACAUCGGAGCAGCAACACUGCAAUACCGACAACCAGGUCUGGUUGCUAGAUGAUCAGCCCAAACCUGGACAAAUUAGAAAGGUACUCAGGAAUAGCAUUCUCGCCAACUACAAUUGUUACAACUGGCCUGGUAAAACUAACGCGACACACUGCAACGACUUCAUAGUGUAUAAACUAUGGCCGCUCAACUGUAAUAUUCGCUACUGUACCGAAGGUUAGGACAAGCAGUUGAGGAAUUUAGCAUAGCAUAAGGAAGGUAAUCCGGACUGAUAGUAGUAGAUCUAGCACACGCUAUACCUUACUGAUGAUGAAAUAAGAGACCGCUUUUACACGGUUUUUGUAAUAAGUUUUUUCCCCGCUCAUAAACUUAGGGCUACAUGUAAACAGGCUAACCGAAAAGGGAAGAACAAAAUCAGUAUAAACAGUGCAAAAAGCAUAAUAUGAUAAAGUAAACAUUAUUAUGAUUAAACAAUGUGUCCGCUACGAAAUAUCGUAAACUAGUUAUCAAAGGGCAUGAAUCAUUAGAAGCAUAGCAGUACAAUAAAACUGUGCGUUUAUCAGGGCUUCCUAUUAUCGCCGUCCCCUUUUCCAUAGAUAAUCAAAGAUUUGGCAAGAGACCAUGAUAUCUAUCAUGGUCUCUUGUUUUUUGACAUUUUUCUUUUACGGCGGUUCUCAAUAUCAGCUUUUACCAUUUAUCAUUAUAUUCUGUUUGGACCAGGCUUGGUGUGUAUGCAGGGUAAUCGACAAGCUAUCGAGCCUUAUGGUCUCAUUAAAAAUGUGUUUAUCAUCGUAACUUACUAAAUCUUCUCUUUAAUUCAGUGGAAAUUUGACUGUUUGUUUUUUUUACACUUAUUUUAAAAGUCACGUACGUCAAAGCUAGUUACAUAGAAGUUGCACUGCCGACAUUAAAUCACAAAUUUGUUUUGUGUCUUGAAAAAGGAAGAUGAAAUCCUUAUAAUUCUUAUUAUAAAUAUCUCACCUAAUAAAAUAGUAAAGUCUUCC